CUGUUUGGAAAGGAAUAAUGUGUAACCAAUACCUCCACUUCAGUAUCUCAGAAGUGCAGUGUGUGCUAAUUAGGCAUCCUGGAGCCUUUGGAAAAUGCUCCCAUUGUAUUUCUAGAUGGAAUCUACCCUGUUCCCCCUUUUUGGACAAGCGAGCUGGUUAUUCAGCUCUGAGAAGCUCAUAGCCAUUGGCAGAUGAUGCAUCUUGAAAGUCAAGGUUGAGAGCAUGAGUGGGUUUGUGUUUUCUAUUUUAUUUCUUUCCCCCUCCCCUCCCUCCUGGUGCACGUUGCUAGAUUUGAAUAAUUAAUGCCUGUUGUCUUGCUUCCUGUUUUCAUUUCUGUAUGUAAUGCUAACCAGCAGUGGGCUGAAUCAUUCAUAGGCUGCUUUCUGCACCUCGACAGCUGGAGAUGUCAUGGGAACAGUGACUGGGAGGUGCUGCAGACUUUCUGCUGCUCCCCUGACUCCGUUUCUGGAAGCAGGAGCAGGCGCUCCCAGGAGCUGAUGGAUUCGUGGUAGCUGGCUCUGGAGGGGCUGGAAGGAGCAUGGUUAAACACCAACCCCUGCAGUACUACGAGCCCCAGCUAUGUCUGUCCUGUCUGACCGGGAUCUACGGCUGCCGCUGGAAACGGUACCAGCGGUCACAUGAUGACACCACCAAGUGGGAGCGCCUCUGGUUCCUCAUCCUCACCUCAUCCUUCUUCCUCACCCUGGUCUGGUUUUACUUCUGGUGGGAAGUUCACAAUGACUACAAUGAAAUCAACUGGUUUUUAUAUAACCGAAUGGGAUAUUGGAGUGACUGGUCCAUUCCAAUCCUUGUAACAACUGCUGCUGGCUUUACCUACAUUACAAUGUUGCUGAUCCUGGCACUGUGUCACAUAGCUGUGGGACAGCAGAUGAACCUGCACUGGCUGCACAAGAUUGGCCUGGUGACAACCUUGAUAACUACUGUGGUGACCAUGUCAUCGAUAGCACAGCUUUGGGAUGAUGAGUGGGAGAUGGUAUUUAUUUCAUUGCAGGCCACAGCCCCUUUCCUGCAUAUAGGAGCCCUGGCAGCUGUCACAGCACUGUCGUGGUUGGUGGCAGGGCAGUUUGCACGGACAGAGAAAGCCACUUCCCAGAUGCUGAUGUUCACUGCGUACCUGGCAGUUGUAGUUGCACUUUACCUCGUCCCCCUGGCCAUCUCCUCCCCCUGCAUCAUGGAGAAGAAGGCCCUCGGACCUAAGCCAGCCAUCCUGGGGCACCGUGGGGCACCCAUGCUAGCACCAGAGAACACUCUGAUGUCCUUCCAGAAGGCAGUGGAGCAGAAGGUGUAUGGAGUGCAGGCUGAUGUGGUAUUGAGCUAUGAUGGGGUGCCCUUUCUGAUGCAUGACAAGACUCUCAGGAGAACAACCAACGUGGAGGAGGUGUUUCCAGAGCGGGCCUACGAGCACUCCUCCAUGUUUAACUGGACUGACCUGCAAAAGCUCAACGCUGGAGAGUGGUUCCUGCAGAACGACCCUUUCUGGACAGCGGGCUCUCUCUCAAGGGCUGACUACUUGGAGGCUGCCAACCAGUCAGUCUGCAAGCUGGAAGAUAUGCUGGAGGUGAUCAAGGACAACACAUCCCUCAUCCUGAACUUCCAGGACCUGCCAGCAGCUCAUCCCUACUACAGCACUUACAUCAACAUCACCCUGGAAACCAUCCUGGCAUCGGGGAUUCAGCAGCAGGCUGUGAUGUGGCUGCCAGACACGGAGAGGCAGCUGGUCAGGCAGGUUGCUCCUGGUUUCCAGCAGACUUCUGGCCUCAAGCUGGACGCAGAGCACCUGAGGGAGAAGGGCAUCGUGAAGCUCAACCUGCGGUACACCAAGGUCACCAACGAGGAUGUCAGGGACUAUGCUGUGGCCAACCUGAGUGUGAACCUGUACACGGUGAACGAGCCCUGGCUGUUCUCCAUCCUCUGGUGCGCCGGCGUCCCCUCGGUCACCUCCGACAGCUCCCACCUCCUCCGCAAGGUGCCUUUCCCCAUCUGGCUCAUGCCUCCAGACGAGUACCACCUAAUCUGGAUCACGUCUGAUCUCAUUUCAUUUCUUGUAAUUGUAGGAGUUUUUAUAUUCCAGAACUAUCACAUGAUCAGGUGGCGCCUGGGAAGCAUCAGGACCUACAACCCAGAGCAGAUCAUGCUCAGCGCUGCCGUGCGCCGCUCCAGCCAGGAUGUCAAGAUCAUGAAGGAGAAGCUGAUCUUCUCAGAGAUCAACAACGGCGUGGAGCCCACAGAUGAGCUGUCCUUCUGCUCCGAGAACGGCUACGCCAACGAGAUGGUGACGCCCACGGACCCGCGGGCCGCCAAGCUGCGGCUCAGCUGAGGGCUCAGAGCCCUGCUCUCCUGCCUCCCGGGGCAUGGCAACCUCUGAGGAACUGCUGCUCGGGCAGAAACCCGCUCCCACUCCCCACCACUGCCUGCUCCAGCUCCCUGGUUGUGAGGCUGGGGGGCUUGUUUUUGUAAAUAUGUAGAAAAUCUGAAUUUUUUUUUUUUGGUCUUUUUUUUUUUUUUUUGAGUGUAAUUUUUCCAGGGCAUGAGUGGAAAUACCAUGUUCAUUAAAUCUUCAACCUUAUGGCUGAAGUUCUUUGAAUCUUGAUGUGAGAGCCUGAGUCCCCUUGGGGAGUUUUGGGAGCAACACGUUGGACCUGUGUCCCAUUUCUCCCCCUUUCCCUAAUCCAGUCCUUCCCCUGGUGCAGCGACUGUGUAGCUGAAUGUUGUGAUGUUCUUGUGAAGUGCUGAUUUUGUUAUGGUUUCUUUUGUUUUUCCCCUGUUCCCCUUUCCCUGGGCAAUGAAAUUGUAGCUCUGAUGCAACAGGAGGCUGUUGGGAGAAGAGAAGCUUGCCUAGGAGAGGAAUUCUCGCUGCCCUUCCCUGCUGAAGUUCAGAGCCAGGGAAGGACUUGCACUGGCUCAGUCACUCGGGCGCCUGCUCCUUGUCCCAUCCUCCUUCCCCAAAACCUGGAUGCUCAAUGGGGAAUGGCCUUCUCGGAAUGUCCUGCCAGAGUUUUGAAGACAAAUCCUGAGCAUUGGCUGUAGAUUGGUCUCUGCUGGCAGCAGUUCUUGAUUUCUAUUUUUUUUUCCCCCUUUUUUCUCUCUUCUCCCCAAGCUGGGCUCUGUUGGGAGCCUGGGUGGCUUGUGCCAGGCAAUGCCAUGGGCACCACCACUGCUGGGAUCUGGCUGAAGUGCCUGCCACUCCACGUGGCAUUUGCAGUCACUCCUUGCUUCCCUUCUGGAAGAGGAGGUGGUGAUGCAGUGGGAGUUUCCCCCUCUCUGGGCCCAGGAGUUGCCCAUGGGUGAAGAAGUUGUAAAUAGUCUGGAAGGCAAAGCAGCCCUGGGAUUUAAUUUAUUCCUGCAAGGAGACCUUUGCUCCUUGCUGUAAAAGCAGGAUCUUUAAUAGCUGCACAUUUGUGUCCUCCAAAGGAGUGAUGGUCUUGCAGCAGAUGCUGACGGGCUCUGAAGGAAGAGGCUCCCAUCAGCAGGUUUCCAAUGCAAAAGGCUUUAACCUAAAAUCUUAGGCCAGAGGUUAAAAGUUAAAAAAAAAAAAAAGGUAAAAAAAAGAGGAGAAGGCAGUCUUGGGGAUGCUGAUAUACAUCAUAUUCCACACCCAAAGCCACGAGAGAAACAGCCCUGAGCAGUUUCUUCUUUGUUUUGGAACUGCUCUCUCCUUUUAAGCUGAAAUCCAGUGGCAUUUUGAAACCCUGAAGUUUGGGCUUAUUGUCUAAGAAUUGGGGGCAAAAGUGGCCAACUUAACUAUACGAAAACCCCACGUUGCUAAUGACAAUGUGAAUUUUAAUGCUUUAGAAAGCACCACCUAAAAUCAAGACUUUAUUCCUUUGCAUCUUCCCUGGGUUUUUGUGAGUGUAAGUGGAAUAAGCCCCUCCUCUUACCUUCCCCAAACACUGUCCUUCUUCAUGGUCCUCUCAAGUCCAUGAAAUACAGCGUGUCUUGUUCUGGAGAACUGCAAGAUUUUGGUGGAUUUGAAGGUAUUCUGAGAACUAAGUUGCUUCUCCCUUUGAUGUGGUGCUGUAUUGAACCAUUCCUGGUGGAUUGUCAUUGCCAAGUGAGAGAUGUUGUUAAACCUCAGCAUCUGUUGGUGAUCACCUGCAUGUUCUGUUUCUAUCCUUGGAGAUCACUUUAUUGAAAGGUUAAGUGCUUAAAAGCUUGGAAGUGAUAAAAGCAAACCAAGAAAGAGUUGUUUUCACAAUUAACUUUUUUCUUUUUUUUUUUUUUAAACAAGACCCAAAUUUCAUGCAUAAUGCACUGACUGUUAUUGUCCUAAAUAUUUGCUACCUUUUUUUUUUUUUUGGAAAAAAAGCAGAGGAUGAUACUUUUUUGAUGAAACUAGAGCUAGAUCAAAAUCAACUCUGCAAUGCUCUGUGAAAUAAACUGUCAGUAUUCCCCUGCCA